GUCAACAUUAGAUCCAUAAUGUCGGAUAUAACUAAUUUGUUUAAAGCCACAGUGAAGACUGUGAAGUCAAAAAACAGGGUUCUUGGAACGGGCGAAAAGGACAAAUGCAAUAUUCUCAGUUACUCUCGACAGAAAGGUGAUUUUGAAACUAAAGCGAAAGAUGUGGUGAAGAUAAUGACUAAACUGAGAGAUUAUUUACUGCAGCAUAGGAAAGAUUACAUCAAUGCAGGCAGUCACCUAACAUCUGACACGCCGAGCAUGUCAGACAGUGAGAGGGAUCAGAUUGACACAGACUGUCAGAAAGUCAUCAAGUCUUGUCAUGAGACCAUUAGGCAGUUCAGGAGAGACGAGGCUAACACCAAAGUCAGUCCUCAGGUGAGAAGCCACCGAGACUCUGUUCUGUUUCUGAUUGAUGCUUACCUCAAGUAUAUUUGUAAGCUGUACAGUGAACAGAGGGCUGUUAGAGUCAAGCGUGUGGUGGACAGGAAGCGUAUCUCUAGACUAGAACCAGACCGCAAGAAGAUGAAGUCAAAUUCCACUGACAAAACUAUUAAUACUUCUGAGAAUGGGAAGGGAGAUGUGUCUGAUGACAAAGGGAAAUCUGGAGUGAGGCCCAGAGUGGAGAAAGACUUACAGGAGAGAAGUUCAGCGGGAUUAGCCAAAUCUCAAAUGACAGCAGGUAUGUGGAAUAGCUCUAGUGGAGGGAAAUGCCAGAGUAUAGAAGAGGAUCGCCUGCAGGAGUCUGACGGUGAAGACUUCUCCCCAGAGGAAGCUCAGAUGUUUGAGCAGGAAAAUAAAGCCAUAUACGAAGAGCUGAACAGCAUGAUGAAUGAAGUCAGGCAAAUUGAAGGGAAAGUAGUGGAGAUCUCAAGGCUACAGGAGAUUCUGUCAGAGAAAGUGCUUGAACAGGAGAAAGACGUGGACCGAAUAGCAGAUACUGUUGUUGGCACCACAGAGAAUAUUACUGAGGGCAACGAGCAGAUUCGUGAGGCCUUGAAGAAGAAUGCAGGAUUUAGAGUUUGGAUUCUGUUUUUUCUGGUCGUUUGUUCACUGUCAUUAUUGUUUCUGGACUGGUACAAUGCAUAGUCAGAUCUUCAAAAAUGUGUACAUAUUUAUAUGUAGUAUAUAUGUCAAGUUCAAAUAAUAUUUAUGAGGAAUGUGUUUAAGAUAUACUAGUACUUGUAAACUUGAAGCAUUGAAUGAAAUAGAACACUGCUUUGUAUGUGCUAGUUGAUUUUGUAGCUUCUAAAUAGAUUUUGAAACCUUGAGAACAUCCACAAGAAUAUUAAGCCAUUGCCUACUAUGUCAUGUCUUUCUGUUUAUCAAUGCAAUUAAACACAUAGGUGUAUAUAGUACAAACAUAUACCUAUAGUUUAUGUUUGGUUUAGUCCUCACAUCCAAUAUCCAGGUGAAAUAUUCUUGGAUAUAGCAUAAAACACCGAUGAAAUAAGUAAAUAAACCACAGCUUCCAUAGUAUAACAUUGCCUAUAGGCACAUUAUUUCAUCUACUUCUAACAGUCUCUUACUCUAUUACCCCAUACCUGAACAUGUGUAUAAUAAAGUAUUGGCAGAGAAUGGUAUAGUUUGUGAUGAUUGUAAUGAUGUGUGUGUUGUUGAUGUAUUUUUGGCAGAGCCUGAUUACACAAUAGAUGUGAAAAACUAGCUUAAAGGUUGUCAUGCGAGACAGACUUUAUUAGUGUACCCAAAAUUUUUUUUGAUAAUGUUAGGAAUUCACUGACG